AUGACGACUGCGGCUACCAGCACCACGGGUAGCGGCCCUGUAAGCGUUGCCUUUGCGUCAAGCAUCGACCGCGACAGCGAGGACUACCGAGAGCUCAGCAAGGUGUGGAAAGAUGUUGAGAGCCGCGUGCAGCGCCUGGCCGAGACGAGAACUCUCUCGCUGGCCGGCCAGGUACCGAGCUUGCAGCGUAACCUCGACAUUGACGGCGUGCUCAAGAUCAUGAAGAAGUCCAAGGAGUACAGCGAAAAGGAGACAGUCAAGUACGCGCGCGUGGAGAAAGCCAUCAGUACGACGCUGCGCUGCAUCAGCAACAUCGGCGGCAUUAUUGCUGAUGGAGUGUCGACCGUGUUCGAGCCGGCACAGACAUGCUACAACGCGCUCACCUUUGUCAUCCAGGCGUGGCAGGGCUAUGUCGGCAUCUUUGAGAACCUGGCAGACCUUUUGGAGCGCUGUGUCGAGUUUCUUGAGCGGCUGGAUCACUACAAAGCCUACAUGGACGUUAAGCUGACGCGCGUGGCCGUGCAGUAUCUGAAUCUGUUUGUGGACAUCUGCGACCGCAGCAUACGUCUGCGCAAGAAGCACGUCAAGCUUCUGGCCUUUACCAAGAUGCUUUUCCUCAACGACGACGAAGUCCGCUCGCAUCUGACCGAUAUGGGCAAGCUUUUCGACAAGGAGCGCGGCUUGGUGCUCGCGCAGGUCUUCAACUCCACCAACGACAACAGCGCCAGCCUGAAGGGACUGGCCAAGGACAAUAACGACCAGAAGAAGGAGAGCGAAGGCAGGCGAUGGCGAAAAACGAUUGCCAAGACUCUGGGAUUUGAACCUGGUGAUCUGGACCCUGACUCGGAGCCGGUGGCCAAGUGGCGCACCAUGCUCAACAAGUACAAGAACCUGCUGUCGCUGCUGGAAGACACCGGCCAGUGGAUCAUGGACGACGCCGAUGGCCCCUUUAUGCAGUGGGCCACCGGUGCCAGCAACCGGGAAGUGCCACCGAUACUAUUACUGAACGGAGAGCGCGGGUCUGGCAAGACAUUCAUGAUGGCCAACGUGAUCAAGUACCUCGGCAAGAUGGAUGGCAUUGCGUCCAAGGCAGUGUUGUCGUACUUUUUCGUGCAGCCUGACCCGAAGCAGGCGGGUUUGCGGGAUGGCGUCAGCAUCCUUGAGGCAGUGUCGCGCAGUCUUUUGUGGCAAUGUGCAGUCGGCUCUGAAACGAUGACGCGGUCCAUUGGACAGAUGUGUGAGAAGGGUCGGGAUCUGGUCGGCGCUGUCGACAUGUGGAGCAAGCUGUUCCUGAACAACGCCGAGCGCCAGAAGACAGAUACUGUUUUCUAUCUCUUUGUCGACGGGCUGGAUGACAUGUCGCUUGUGCUGCCACUGUUGCGGCGUAUCAGCGCAGACAAGGCCGAACGCCGAGUUCGCGUGUUCCUGACAACGACACCAAAACUACAGAACCAGUUGGGCUCCCUCGACUUCCGAUGCAUUGAAAUUCACGGCAGAAAAAAAAAGGGCAUUGCGCACGGAAAGAAAGACAAGCACCCUGUUCACAGCAACGACAAGGACAUUGCCAGCUACAUCUGCUACCGGAUGAACCAGAUGGACAUCCUCAAGGACUCAACACGCCCCGGCAUUGAUGAGUGGCGAAGAAAAAUCCGAGAGGAGCUCCAGGUAAAGUGUGACGGCGACUACUGCAAGCUCGUCACGAGUCUGGACGCCAUCGCCAAUGCCGACUUCGUGGACGACAUCCAGGCGGUGCUCGAUAAUGCCCACGGUACGCGUGCGAACCAGAUUGUUGCCGAAAUCGAGCGGCUCAACCGCGCGCGGACGCUCAAAGAACGCAUAGAGAUCAACGAGAUCAUCUUGUGGAUUCAAGGUGGCGAAUCGUGGCUCUCGGUCGAGGCCAUGGAGGCCGUCCUGGCUGUGAAGCACAAUAACGGGCCAGCGAUGACAUCGCUUUUGCUCUUUGACGUCAAGAUCAAAAACAAGUAUCCCAUCUUUCAGAUUGACUCCAGCGGCAACGUGAAUUUCCGCUCCGAUGAGGUCGAGACAGCGAUCUCCGCCCGCACGGUGUCUGCAUCGUCAACCUCCCCAAAGCGCAUCACGAACGGCGAGAUUUCCCUUGUUCAGCACUUACUCAUCACCUUCUGCCCGCCGGACCUGUAUGGACGCUUUCAGUUUGAUCAUUUCUUUGCACACAAGGCCGAUCCACCGCUUCACAGCACGGAUAUCUGCAGCGACCCAGACAAUAUGCAUAUCCGCAUCGCCCUCUCCAGCCUCAUGGUAUUGACGAGCCCAAAGGACAAGCCCACGGCUGCCAUUCGCCACUAUGCACGGGUAAACUUGCUUAAGCACCUCUGCAAGACCGACCUCGACAGGGCAGACAAGGGGCUCAAAGCGGCCACGGGACAGCUGUUGGUCGCUUUAUUCACGCGAGAUGUCGGCAUCGAUGCGCUGUUCUGGAUCGAGUGUGACACGGUCUCGCAGCAGAGAUGGGAGAUGGAAGAGAACAGGUUCCUCCGCCUCGUGCGCGUCGACUGGUUGUACAGCUUCGACGGUGUGGACAUCCUGCUAAAGUGGUUUUGUGACGCCGACGUGGUGCAUGAAAUCGCUACCAACACAAGGGAAGGCGCCUUCGUGGCCGCUUUCACAAAGCAGGGCGCCAACCGGCACGAGGUGCUGUUCAAGCCGGCAGCAAAGCGACUGGCUCAGAAACUGCUGUGUUUUGAUCACUGCUCGCUUCGUGAGGCUCAUACCUGGCUGUUUUUCUUGAACGGAUUCAUGGACAAGCUGCCACGACAAGAAAUGAAGCCUGUGACGUUGGGGUCGGUGCAGACACCAGCUCAGCUCGAGACUGGCGGUAGUGACAGAGGAGAUGUUGGCACAGAAAACGACGGCACUGUCCGUCCACUCAAUGGCAAUGAUCAACAUGACGGCAACGACGACCUGCCAGAGAUUCCGCGCUCUGCCGACGCCAUUAACGAACUCGAUGGUGUGGCUUUUAGGAAAAUUGAGAAGCGAAAGGUUAGCCUGGCGCAGUUGACGCGCAUCGAGAAUUGGGCUUCCAUAGCGCUCGAGAAGAGUGGUGCUUGCGAACCACUGUGGGAAGUGCAGAUGGCCGCCAUCAUAUCCUACAGCUGCAACCACCUCAAGGCCGAGACGAUAGCCGACCGGCGUGCACACAAAGCACUGAAGAAAGACCCCAGUCAUUGGCUUGUGUGCUAUUACCUCUCUUGUAGCGAGGCAAAAGACGAAGCCAGUAUCAAUCUGUUGCUACGUUCCCUUCAGAGCAUCGAAAAAAUACAAAAUAGCAGCGACAAGACGCGCUGGAACGCAGCAAGAGACCACCAGCUCAUUCUGGCUCAUAUCCACCUCCGCUUGGGCCAUAGGUACUGGAAAACCGGGCAGUUCGAAAAGGCAGUUCAGCACCACCAGGAAAGCUUCAAAUUCAGCGGGACGCGUUUCCGGGAGUACAUUGAGGCACUGUUGCUGUAUAGCGGCGAGAAGCAUUGGGACGAAGUUAUUGCGCUUUUGGGCUGGAUACUGGAUUGUGUUGAGCAGUGGCCGCCAUACUUUAAUGAGCUGUACACCAUAUUGAUCUCCAACCCGAAGUUUGACGCCGUGGUUCCUGCAGCGGCCAACGCACUGGACCGCUGGGACACAGUGGAGAAUCUGUUUGCACAGGCGACACGCAUUGCUCGCAAAAGGGAAGACUGGGAUAGCACGUUUGGCAUGCUCAAGUCGCUCGGCGAUAUGCUAUACAAGCAUGACGCCGAUCUGGAAAGGCACGAGACGGGCGUGGUGGCGAGCUGGGCCGCAGCCAUCGAGGUGUUGGUGGCUCACCCGAGCGACGGGAUCGCGAUGGGCAGCGUGACUGAAAUUGCAAACAACCUAUCACGCAUCUACCUCGAGCAAGCGCUGCGUCAUCUGCGCGAAGCUGGUGGGAGAGUCCCAGAGGACAAGGCCAAAGAAGUGGAAGCGACGCAGUUGCUGGACAAGAUCACGGCACUCGUCUUCCCCGAUGUGGCACCUAUGUGGAACCGUACUGUGUUGUGCUGUGUUGCACGCUACCAUGUCCAGGUGGGCAACAUGGUUGAGGCCAAAAAGGCAGUGGCUGACCUGAUGGAGGCCAUCAUGGCCAUGCUGAGUGAUGAUGAUCCAUCCAACGAUGAGUGGGCCAUGAUGUGUCUGGCAGGAGUGGUCAAUGUCUUUGCCGAUGAGGAAAACACAAUCGCUGCUUGGCAGGUUGUAAACCUGAUCCAGACCGAGGCGAUAACAGCACGUAGGGCGUGGGAAGAGAUGAUUCCAGAUGGGGAAAUGUCUGAGAGUCGCGGCAGUAUUGCCGAGGUGGAAGUUGACGAUGGGGAAGGUGCAGAGUCCGCUGCCGGGGAGAAUGCGAGUUUUACGACGCUUGACACGACAGACGAGGACGCACACACAAGCGUUUCCGGAUCGGUAGAGAGCGACCACGUUACCACUGACGGAGAAACCGUUGCGACCGAAGAUGUCGAUGAUGCCUCCUCCGUCAGCUUCGGUUCUAUUCCAGAUGCACCCGUGGCACUGCUCAUAUGUGGCGGCUGCAAUGAAGAGUUUCUGUACGCCAGUCAGGCAUACAUGUGCUGUGACUGCGUCGGCACGGUCUCGUUUGACGAAAAGUGCUAUCAGCGGCUCCAGAAGGGCGAGCUGUGCAGGUCCACCCCGUCCGUGUGCAAUAAAGCCCACCACUUCGUGUAUCUGCCAAAGUGGGAUGAUGAAGCAGCCAAGACCGUGCCCAAGGGGUCACUGCCGAUGGGAAGCGACACGAUCAGGCUGGAGGACUGGAAAAAGGGGCUCAGGGCGAAGUAUAUGGACUUGGGGUUGUAG